CAUCAACUGCAUUUCAAUGAUCUUUGUGCCACAGACGCGUCCCUUCAGGUCUCUUCACGUCUAACAGAUUGAACUUGGACAACGUCAAGAGACGUUGAGUGCUGAAAGUUAAUCUGUCGUCUCUAACUUCACUUUCCAACAUGCCUCGGCGUAAGAGGAAGUCACGUUUCACGCGUAAGAAAGCAACAAAGGCAAGGUGUAUAAUCGGCAUACCCACCGAUAGCGAAUGGAAAACGAUGCAAAAUUUUGCCUCGUUUGUAGUCGCUGAUGAAGAGGGGGACCCGCAUAAAUUUUCCACUCAAGAAACCGCAUUUAUUCUACCAGAAGGGGUGCUUCCGGACAAAAUGCAUCAUCCAACUGCAUAUUGGAUUGGUAAAAUCAAACAAAUUAGGGCAAGAAACGAAGAAGAUGUAUGGGUUCUCGUACAGUGGUUCUGGUCGCCUCAGGAAGUCAACUCUGUAAUCAAGUCCUUUUUGAACUCUGUCUAUGUAGAUCAUGCAACUGUCGUGAGAUACGAUGAACGCGCUGUCGACCAAGGGGUGUUCGACUCUGAUGAAUUCUACUGUCGAUUUGACUUGGAAUACCGCGCUCGGAAAAUCCACCCGAAUGUUACGCGUACUGCUUGUUGUUGCGGUGUAUCUUACAAUCCCGAUCGAGACCCAGUAAUGCAUUUCUGCCCGCGUCCAGCUUGCCGCGCAGCCUUCCAUCAAGAGUGUCUGAAAAGACCGACACAAAAAUUAAAUGCAGCUGCCAGGGCCCGAAAGUUUAUCGAAAGUUGGCCCGAUACAGAUGAAAAGCUAUCUAUCGAAGACUUAGUCGGCACACGAUCAUGCCGUAAAAGAAGAAAGGGACUUGAAUCUUCGAUAUCAGAUCCUCUUGAGCAAUUUCCGGAAGAGCUUGUCAAGGCGGCUCAGCAACAGAUUGUAAAAGCGGUGGUGGCGGCUCGCCAACUGAUCUACCGCAGCUUGCUUGACGAUUCUUCUUUACCUACUGACUGGGAGGAUAAGGUGGACGUCGAAGCAGCUAUUCCCCCGAAGAGGAAGAGCUCUCUCGUGUUUGUGUGCCCCCAGUGCCAGAGUCUUAUUUGAUACCAAGGACAUUACGGAGGGCUCUCGCAUUGAUAUGCUACUCAUCCUGCCCAAAUACCGAUACCUUUUCAUUCUGCACAGGCUGCUUAAUCUAGACAACUACUCAUGUAGCAUAUUCACGCCCACACAGUACUAUACUCUGUAUAAAUACAUAGCCAAAUAAAUCGUGAUUGUCAAUCUCC